ACUAAUUCCGACGGCGACGAUGAGGUCUUCUAUGUGAGAAGCGCCGAGAGAAAUCGAUAUGGAUAUCGAUGGUCACCUCACUGGCUUGCACCGAUGCCAGGGAGAUUUGCUCGAAAUCCUUAUUAUUCUAGAAAUCAUUGUUAUUCUAGAUGCUUGUACCGCGAGGAAAAGCCUUCUGCAAUUGUAGACUGGAAAAUCCUUAUUAUUCUGGAUAUGCUGGAAAUCCUUAUCAUUCUAGAUGCCCGUGCUGCAGUUAGUAUGUUGUCUGUCUCUGGAAUUCGACACCAUAAAGUCCUUUUUCCCGGUGGGGCUCCGGCGGAGACGAGCUCCUCGGCCAUGGAGUUUCAAGCCGUCCAAUUUCCUGAUUUUCUCUCGAGAAACAGCCGCACCGCACUAUUACCCAGGCUAUCGUUGCAGUCGUUUCAAGAUCCAGUCUUGCUCGCCACCUCUCCCCUAGGGUUUGAUGGUUGGACAAAGAGCGGCAAGCAGCAGGCU